CGAGGCCGGCGCCGCGGAGGGCCUGGAACCAUGGGCCGCCUGCCCGGGGGACUGGCGGCGCUGCUGCUCGGGCUCUUGGCAGAGUGCACAGAGGCCAAAAAACAUUGCUGGUAUUUUGAGGGGCUGUAUCCAACAUAUUACAUAUGCCGCCCCUAUGAGGAUUGCUGUGGCUCCCGGUGCUGCGUGCGGGCACUCUCCAUACAGCGGCUCUGGUAUUUUUGGUUCCUCCUGAUGAUGGGUGUGCUCUUCUGCUGUGGAGCUGGUUUCUUCAUUCGGAGGCGCAUGUAUCCCCCACCGCUGAUCGAGGAGCCUGCAUUCAAUGUGUCCUAUACCAGGCAACCCCCAAACCCCACUGCAGGAGCCCAGCCCCCGGGGCUGCCGUAUUACACCGACCCUGGAGGACCAGGCAUGAAUCCUGCUGGAAAUCCCAUGGCGAUGACUUUCCAGAUCCAACCGAAUUCACCACAGGGAAGCACAGCCUACCCUCCACCCCCUUCCUACUGCAACACCCCUCCACCCCCUUAUGAACAGGUGGUGAAGGCUAAAUAGGGGGUGCUGCUGGCACCUGCCAGUGUGAUGUCACAAGGGACCUAGGGAAAGCCUCUGUCCUCGGCCGCCCUGUCUCCAUCUGUGUUCACUUACAGGAAUGGUUUCAUGAGCCACCAAGGGCAGAUGCCUCUCUGGUCUUCAGAGCAAGCCUGGCCCCCUUUCAGGUUUCCUGUGGAGGACCAAUGUUUGCAUUCACCCCUGUCUCUUCACAUUGCUUCUGUUUCUGGUGUAACCUGUGGUCUGGCGGAGUGUGAACAGUUCCCAAGGGCUGACACUCUCGGGGGCACCCAGAUUCUCAGGAAAGACUAGCAGCAGACGGCAAGGCAGAACCAGCUCUGCAGUGGUCUGGGGGAGACGCCGGGGCCAGCUGCCUCCUACCACAUGGAAGGCCCCACACACAGCAGGCAGUAUGGCUGGAAUGAGACUCCUCGCUGGCCCUUUUGGGCUGUUGUCCCUUCAGUCUUCCUCUUUGAGAAGCUGUUAAACAUCCAGUGGAGAAGAAUCUCUUAGCACUUUCUGUCUCCACUCACUUCCCGAAGAUGAGGGAGGCUCCCUUCUGUGUACUGGCGCUGAAAGAGCUGAGUGCGGCCUUUACCUGUGGAGAUGCAGAUCCAGACUCACCUGAAAAUCACUAAGGAAAGUUAUUGAAAUUCCCUGCCUCAAACUGGGACUUGGCAUUUGAUGAGCUCUUGGUCUGACUUGGAGAAAAAGAAUUAUUUCCCCCUCUUAGUGUAUUUAUGGAUGCUGUGUAGGAUCCCAUGCUUUGAGGUCAGUAGCUUUCUGUUCUUUGUCACGAUGAGAUCUCUGCACCCUUCCCUGAGGCAGUUCUGGUGGGCUUGAUGGAUACUUUCAAGUUGGGGAGGUCAUAUCAGCCUACCAGAGAAAUAUCUCAGCAGGGCAAGGCCAACAACUUCAGCCAGAGCCCUGGGUCAACCUCAGCAGAUGUGUGUUGGACGCUGAGGAGGAGGAGCUUGCUGGCGAAAACACAGGAAAGCAAAAUUCCAGGACAGCAGGUAGAUCUCUCAAAAAAUACUGAAUUGACUUCACUGACACUGUCAUCAGACAGAAGCAAUGUAAGUUCUGGCUUAGAAACAAAGCCCCCCGGAUCUUGCAAAUAGUCACUGGGCGUGCACAGUGAGCAGGGAUCCGUGCAGGAGGGUAAAGCAGCUCUGUGUAAAUCCCUGUAGUUGUGGGACAGGCUAAACCGCUUCAGAAUUUGUUAUUCAUUGAACUGGCGCAUCAAGGCAGCUCAGUGGAGUAGAUACCAAAUAUCUCCAUCCCUUUAGGCAAGGUGUCCCUGCUCUGGUGGGACAUGUUAUGGGCUGGGGGAGAAGGGGCUGAGGAGCACGAUGUGGCCACAGCCACUGCUCUAAGGACUGAGAAUCAGGGGGCCUCCUGGGGAACGCCACAAGAGAGGCCCUGGAAACAGUCUGUGAACAUAGAUGCUGCUGCCUGGUCUUUGACCACCCUGAGUGACCUCUCAACUCCUGCCCCUAACUCUGGACCUACCACCUUUGGGUCCUUGAUUCAAACACAACAACAAAGCACAAUGUUUGCUGUUUACAACUAGGGACAACAUGGUCCAAAAAGUUCCUCCUCCUCAAGGUCAUUUGUUUUACCUUUUUCUCUUCAGUUUCUCCCUUUAGUUUUUUAGUACAGAAGCACACGAGAGCUGCCCCUGGAAUUGGAUCUCGAUGUGGUUGAAUAGUACCCAGGUGUCUCCAUGACUAAAACUUAUAUAUCUUUUUGAUAGCAAAUGGUCUUAAGAGAUUGAAUGACUUAGGUAGUGCUCAGCAAUUUUAUAUUCCUGUGUUUGUGUAAAUUAAAUCUUGUUUUCUCUUGAACUGGGUGAGAACCUGCUGCAGUGAACACUGAUACUGUGUGGCAAUUCCAUUGUGGUGACAUUUUCCUGUGUCCUCGUGUCCUGUGUGGUGUUGGUGGACGGCGCCCACCUUCUAGACUGAAUCGGCUCCUAUGUGUUAAAGCCCUGUAGUCAGUGGUUAGGUGUGAACUUGGAGCAGAUUGAUGCAUGUUUUUCUGCAACAUUGGCCCAUUUCUCUCUCUCUCUCUCUCUUUUUUUUCUCUUUUGAUAGGGUCCUGUUUCCUAUGUAUGCAAAAUAAAA